GCCACAUUCGAAAGGCAGAAAAGCGUACGUGCGUACGUGCUAUUUGAAAGGUAGAUGAUGGAUACCAAAGUUCCCACGAUUGACAAGGAGAUGGCGAUCGAUUUCCACGAUAUGGCCAUGACAGAGGAUGUUAGUCUGUUGCGCCAGCCGAUGAGGACGGCCCUCACCGGAUUCCUGGAAGCCAAGAAGGCCUAUGAAAAUGGUACCGAUGAGGUACGCCGUUUGCUGUUACAUGAAUGUUCCAUCAUCUAUGAGUGCAAUGUGUGUCGCAAUAUGUUUCGCAGUUUGGUCAACUUUAUCAGUCACAAACGCAUCUACUGCAAAUUGUCCGCCGAGGGAAAUCACCGUCCCUAUUCGGAUAACAACUCGAGUGUGAUUAUACAACCAACAGACCAACGAUCUCAAGCUUGGUUUAAUAAGAGUCGCAGCACCGGAUCAUCACCAAUACCUACCAAGUCGUCAUCACGCGACUUAAGUAAAGUCAUUGAACGCCUUCGACGUACUGAGAUCUUAUCAACCGAAUCGAAUAAAGAUCAAAAUAAUGAAUCUAAAAAGAAGACCGAUUGCAGCACAGAUAUAGAAAAACAACAACCCCUACAACUGUCAAAUGAACAACAGGAGAACACAAAUGUCGUUACAAAUGAUCCUAUUUUGCAAUUGGAAUCGGUUCCAACUUCAACUCAAGCUGUCUAUCAAACCCUUAAGCCACUCAAUGCCAAGGACAGUAUUAGAACUGAAGUUAAUGAGGUUCAUAAUCUACUUACCAAUCAAAAGACGAUGAUUGGGCCGGAUGGCAAAGCCAUAGUCAGCAAUUCAUUUCUGACAAUCCCCACUGUGAACACAAUAUCAGUGGGCACAAGUGAUAGGACAACACCGUUGAAUGUUGUGGACGCACUGAACGAAUUAAAUUCAUUCGCUGAUGCUGCAAAGCUUCAACAACCACAAGUAACCUGCGAGAUCUGCCAGAUGACGUUUCAAACCGAGAAAACGUUAAACAUCCACAUACAAAAGAAGCACAACUCUUCGACGUAUGUUUUCCAAUGUCCAACAUGUUCGUUGACAUUCCUACAACCAGCCGCUGUCAUUCGACAUUUGGCCAAUGAACACAAGAAACCUCUGAAAAGGAUUCGAAAAAUGCGUGAAUCUAUUCUGAAAAAACGCAUUCAAAUUGGAAAUGUGCACGUAAAAGGACCGUCACGCGAACUUAAGGGCUUACAAUUGGACUCUACCAAAGAUCUGACAUUUAGCAACAGUGAAAAUGUUUUGUCGCAACAGAAUGGUAAACCCGUAUCGACUUGCAGGUUUUGUCAAAGCACAUUCGAAAAAAGAGCGGCAUUUGCAACUCAUUUAGCAAAUUGUUCGGCCAAGAAGCAGACAGUCGUCAAAAAGGAAGUACAAGCAAAAAUUAGAGUUGCAACAAAAGAUGAAAUUCACACCAAACUAAAAAACCAAAACAAUAAAACUUUUGCCAAAAAAUUAGAAGAAAAUCAAAAAACUGAACAUGAAAUCAAAACUAUUGAUCAGAAACCCCAACCCUCAAAACAUGAGGCGCAACACGAUGGCCUCCUUUCUUAUUUUUAUGAUUGUGAUACAAAUCGUUUAAAUAGUGUUAACAUUAAACAAGAACCUCAGGAGGAUGAAUUCAAUUCGAAUUCCACACAUGCAACAAAUGGUUCCGACAUAAAUGAAAUGUUUGAAAACUUGGAAAAGCAAACGUUCGGCGAGGGCUUGCAAACAGUUUCACUAGAUCUGAUGGUGUCAAACCAGCAGCAAAAAGAUGAUGAUAACGGUGUAUCGCAGGAUCAUCUACCUGGGAAUAUUUGCAGUAAGAACGAAGUUUUUGUCGAACCGAAACAAGAAAUUGAUGGAGACGAACUAAUAGCUGAACAAUACACAAUAGAAACGUUGUCGGAAGCAGUAGCUCCAAAGAAAAAACAAAAGGGAUUUCGCACAGUGCCUGCAUCUAAGCAAUUGACAUGUCGCUGCAAGAUCUGUAACAAACAGUUCAAUGCAUUGAGCAAUCUGCGCCGGCAUAUCUCCAUGUUUCACUAUCGAGCACGGCGUUUUGGUUGCAGCUUAUGCGAUUAUCGUGCCUUCAGACGUUACGACAUUGUUAAUCAUCUUUCAUUUGUUCAUAAAAUGCAAGGGGAGCGUGAAUCGAUGUCAGUUGAAUAUGUCACAAUGCAUGAUGUCAAAUAUUCUAAGGAUGAUGUCGAACAUGAUAUUGUGGUGGUGAACGAAGUUGGUUCUGCCAAUCCGAGAACACCGGAAAGCGAGUUGAAAACAUAUGAAAAUAAGGUAAAACGUAAGAAAGAAAAGAUGCCGACUGAAGAAGAAGGCGCUAUGAAAGAUAAUGAAGUCGAAAGCCCAGUAAAGCUUGAAACUCAAAAUACACCAGAUAAAAUUCUUCCUAAAGCAGUGCGAAACAAAUUACGCAAAGUCCUCUCAAAUGACGUAAAUAUCGGCCAACGUAGGCCCAUUCGCAAUCGCAUUAAAACCGUUAACAGCGAUUUCGUUUAUGAUCUCUCAAGCCUUAAAGAAGAGCCCCGAGAACAGACAAUUCGUAUUGCCUUGAAAAGGCGUAAUACCGUUGGUAUGGCAGAUAACAAAACCAAUAUGUCUGCAGAUCUGACACCGCCUAUUAAAAUUGUGCCCUACAGACUCAGAACGGAACCUCUCGUUCCAUCUAACAAAGACUCAAUUAAAGGAUGCGCUGCUCGAAUAUAUCGCAAUGUGGUCCAAGAGGCAUUAGCUGCGCCCUCUACUUUGCCUGAAUUACCAGCCGAACGGCCUCUUAUGCGGCCUCGACUAUCCCUGCCUUGCCGCAGUGAUUCGUUAAAUGCACCCGUUAUUGAAGCCACAGAACUCGAAGUAGCUCGCUUAGAAUCUACAUUUUUUGAUGACUCAUUUCUAGAAAAAUUCGCCAAAAAAUCGAAUCCUUCAUUUAAGAUGAAACCUUUGUUGGCAUUACAGCACAGUCCCCUCAAUUCCAUACUGCAGAAAUUUGAAAAUAACUGUAACAAAGUUCAAAACUUCGAAAAUUCUCCAAUUAAUUCUUCACAAGAUAAUUGCCUGGCUGAUGAACAUGUCCUUAAACAAAUCGACAGCUCGCCGCCCAAUGGCGCACAUAUAAUGGAAUCUACAUCACCACCAUCUACUCCCAAGAAAAGAAUAACUCUUAUGCAAAGACUUGCCGAAAAUAGAGCUAAACGACGAGAUCCGUUGUUAAGAACCGCUCUAGAAAACUGAAGAA